AUGAAGGUGCGCAUCAGUGGAAAAGCAGGGGCCAGUGCGACUGGCCGGCAUCAGAGUGCAUUGCUGAGCCUGGGAGCGGUUCAUACACAGCUGGGGCAUGUGCAGGAGGCUACUCUGGCGCUGAACGAGGCGCUGCACAUAGCCCAACAAAUCAACGACCAUGUGGCACUCGCUCACACGCUCGCCACGCUCACCUCUCUCCUGGAUUCGGCCUCACCGGAACUCGCACCGGCCGUCCAGGAGACGCGUGGCCUGCCCGGCCCCCACACCAAACACCUCCAGCUGCUGCGCCUGCUGCGCAGGUGCGAGAAGCGAGGCGUCGACCUGCAGCUGCCCCACAUUGUGGCGUAUGCGCGAUUGGCCCUGGCCAAGUUCGCCCUGCUGCACCACCCGCAGGCCAGCAAGACUGACGGCCUCUCCGCCAGGGGCGCCCUGAUAGAAGGGCCACCGCCGGGGGGCCCUGCAGCAGCCAACGUCCCCCGCCCAGCCAUUGCCGACCUCUACAGCGCCGGGCCAACCGUGUUUGAUGCGACUGCAAAAGAGUCACAGGCGGCGUCGGCGUCGGCGGUAGAAGCCAUGGCAGGCUCAGCCCAGCUCCUGAAGGCGGCCGCCUUCGAGCGCUGCGGCGCACCGGGGCUGGCGCGCACGGCCGCUCUCGCCCGGCUUGCCGCCGAGCCGGCCGGCCCCGGCGACGCCGAGGAGCGCUGCAUUGCGUACGCCCAGCUGGCAACGCACGCCGCCGACCACUUGGGCUUCGGGGCCGCAGCUCAGGUGUUGGAGGUGGCGGACACGGAGUUCCCAGACGCGCAGAGCCGGCCCCUGGCAAUGGCGCGGCUGGGCAUCGCGCAUCAGCGGUCCCUUGCGCAUCGUGACAUCAUCUCCGCUCGGCAGCUCGGGGCCGCCAUGUCAGCGCUGGCCGAGCCAGAAGACGCUGUGCUCCUGAACCUGAGGUGCGCUCAUACGGCCACAGCCGCCUUUUUUUUUUGGGUGACAUCCACCUGA